GGAAACACUAGAGACAGGAGGGAGGGAAAUAACAAGGAAGGGCGCAGAGCUGGGAGAAGAGGGCGCCGUGUUCUGUUGUCCCGGGAGUGUCCCCUCUGCUGCUGGUGACAGACGCCACAGAAAGUUCCUGUCCCCGUGCCUAUGUAUUCUACAAGAUGUCAUCUGAUACGGGGUCGUCCGGGUCUGUAGACGAGGAGCGACAAACCCUUGCUAUAGACGAUCGGCACCAUAUUCUGCAAGCUGAGCAAGAAGGUACCCAGAAAAAAACCUUCACCAACUGGAUUAAUUCCCAAUUGUCAAAGCACCAGAAUGCAUCUGCUGUCUCAGACCUCUUUACAGAUAUCCAGGAUGGACACAUAAUUCUGGACCUGCUUGAGGUUCUGUCUGGUGAAGAACUGCCACGAGAAAAAGGUAGAAACGUGUUCCAGGCUAGAAGCAACAUAGACACCGCUCUGAGCUUCCUAAAGAAAAUAUCGAUCAAACUCAUAAAUAUUCAUGUGGAAGACAUCAUUAGUGGCAAACGGUCUAUUGUGCUUGGCCUGAUUUGGAGAAUCAUUUUACAUUUUCAUAUUGAAGGUUUAGCAGAUAUUUUAGCGGAUGCAAAGGAAUCGCAAUCAGAUAAAAGUGAGAGCAAAAAUGGAGUGUCGCCUACAGCAAGCCCGCCGCAGAAGAAAAGCGCCAAAUCCCGCUGGCAGGGAUCUGCCAAGAAACUUCUGCUUCAGUGGGCAAAGGAGCAAUGUGCUGCACAUGGAUCUGUUGACGUGACGGAUUUUAAAUCAAGCUGGAAGACUGGCCAGGCGUUCUUAGCUAUUAUUCACUCUUUAAGACCAGAUAUCGUUGAUCUGGACAAACUAAAAGGCAGAUCCAAUGAUGAAAACCUUAGAGAGGCCUUCAGGUUGGCAGAAACCGAAUUAAACAUCCCCAGACUUCUGGAACCUGAAGAUGUAAAUGUUUCUAAUCCUGAUGAGAAAUCAAUUAUGACGUAUCUAUCACAGUUCUUACACUAUUCCAAGGCGGGGGUGAAACCUAAAAAAUCUGUUCCCGAACAAGUACAGAAGACCCUGGAUUGGUUACAACUGGAGGAACAGAAAUUACAGACUUUGUUUACUGAGAUGGACGGUGAAACUUAUACCAAAAAAUACCAAGGAAUCUUAUUAUUUAUGAGAAAGUUUAAUGAACAAAAGCGAGUUUUCAUGUCUGAUUUGACAAUGCAGUCUGUGCCGGCUGAGGAACAAAAACUUAUAAGAAAAUCCUUAGAAAACAUCACUACCCAGAUUGCCGCAUGGAAACGGGAUCUAGACCACAGCUUGCCGCAUCCCCUGAUUGACGUGGAAGACUGGCUCUUGCAGGUGGAGAACUUGAUUUUGCAGAGGAUACCGGAGACAGAGAAUCAUAUCAGCGCCAUGACUGCGCUUCAGAACAUGUCUGCAUCAUUUCAGGGUUUAAUAACCAAAACUGCUGACCACUGGGCGACUCUCGAAUCAUUUAAGAAUAUCGAUGGCAAUGGAAUGAUUCUUGUCCCAAGCGAUAAACUUGAUGAAAUGAAGACUAGGAUAGAAAAAAUCAGAGCAGCAAAUUUCGGUCUGAUGUUAGAUUAUCGCUGCGCUGGGCGUCAUGCGCUUGCGCUGCUAGAGGAAGGCCAAUGCAAAUUAAAGUCCUGGAAUGUGAAAUACAAGUCUCAGGCGUCAGUAGAAAACAUUCUAGUGGAUUGGAAGGACUUUGUUGAAGACAAACAGUUUAUGGCUCAUCUGGAAUCUGCUUUCCAAAAGUUCAAAGAACUGAAAAACCAUUUAGUGACGUCAGAACACGCUGAUGAACCAAAAAUGUUAAAAGAAUUUGAAACAAUGGAAUCCAAAUACAGCAUUGUUGUAAAUUCUCUUCUGCAAGUGAAAUCCUCUCUAGAAAAUGUUCUGCUAUCCUGGACGUCCUUUGAGAAUAAUAUUGAUCUGAUUACCAUCUGGUUAGAUGAACAGCAGAGGAUGCCGCCUAAUAAGGUUCCCAUGGAGAUUCUGAGCAAGUGGAAGUCUGUGCACUCGUCUCUAAACAAGGAUGGGAAAUUCCUGACUGAGAAAACCAAUGAAAAGACGUCUUCAAAACUAUCUGCCAGACUGAAAGCCGUAAACAGUCGAUGGACCAAAUACGUUAAAAUGUAUGAAGAGCAAAAACAAACUGCGAACGGGGACAGAAUUCCUCAGGAAUCAGAUGAAGACAAAACAAAUUCCGGCCAAUCACUGGCCCUGUCUGCAGAUUCUUUAAAACUGUUUAUUCCGACAUUACAGAGAACUGAGGACAGUGUGGUGUUAACAGAGACCUGCACACAAAUUCUGCUACAUGUAGAAAACGUUGAAGAUAUAAUGAGUUUUGUAGGAUCCUGGAUUUGUGACAUGGACAUAUUUUUUGAACAAAGCAAAAACUCACCACAUGUGCUCUCCGAAAACCUGCAGGGCCUUUAUGACAGAGGAAUCACCUGUCAGGAGCGUGUUGCAGAAGCGGAGAAGAUUUUAUGUUCAGUGGCUCAAGUUGUUCUCAGCAAUAACGAAUUACAGAAUUUUCGUAUAGAUGAAAUGCAGAAAAAUAUUGUGCAAGUUCGCGAACAAGUUCAGAUCAUGAUGUGCCGGCUAGACAGCGCCAAGCACCCUGCGGAGCCUUGUUUGUCUGAGACAGACAUAAAGAACAACUUUGAGAGAUCAAAGAGCCAACUGGAGUCAUUUAUAACCUCUGCGAUGCAUCUGCUGGCACAGAGAGUGUCCCCUGAUGAGUUCAUUUUUCAGUAUGAGCAAACGCUGAGCGGAUUUGGUACUAAAGAUUUAGACAAGUUUCUGAAAGCAGCAGAACAAAUAAAAAGCAUUUCAUCCACUAGUGAAAAGCUGGACGUGGAAGCAGUGAGCGCCGAGCUGCGCAGACGGUGGCAGCUUGUUCAUGCUGAAAUGGAAUCUUAUGUUCGGGAAUUAAAAUUACUUAGAGAAAAAAAUAAAUUUUAUGAGCUCUAUGCAAAACUGAAGAGGCAACUCAGCGAGGAAACAGAGCGUGUUGGUGUGGUGGACAGCCAGGAACUUCUUAAAGAACACAAGGUUUUCUUCUGUGACGAGGGCUAUCAAGGCCAGCUGAGCCGCUGUGUACAAGCCAUGAAGGGACUAUGUGACACAGAAUCUCACAGUAUUGUCGCAGAGUGCGUCAAAAAGGAAAUUGAAUUACAAAACCACGUUGCUGACAUUUACCAGAAAUUACUGCACUCUCCGGGUCAAACGAAAAUGUUUAGAAAAGAAUACGACACAGAGAAAUCUUGUCUGGAGCUGAAUUUGCAAAGACUGAAAGAGACGCUUGAGGUUGAUAGUCCCAGAGAAGAGCAAGAUGUGACGUCACUGCAGGGCAGAGUGCACAAGCUCCAGAACCUGAGAGCAGAAGUCGUCUUAAGCUGGACCCAGUUUCAAGCAACUUCACACAAACUGGAAAAACUUGUGCACGACACGGAAAAGCCACGUUUAUCCGAAAAAAGAAGAGAAUUAAAUUGUGAGGUGGAAACUGCCACAGAGAGCGCAACGGUCAGGAUCCAAUCUCUUGAGACCACUCUAGACCUGCUUUUGCCAAUUGAACACGAUGUUGCUGUACUUUGUGAAUCAAACCUGCCUGAUUGCGAAAAGGAUAUCGAGAAAUUCACUGUGUCAAAUAUUGAUUCAGUUUUGCAGGAUUUAAAGACUGUUCAGAGCACUAUUGAAGAUGAAAUGCAACAAUGUGACACUCUGGAAUCCUCAGUCGUUGGAGAUGAAUCAAAUCCAGUAGAUUUCCAAGCGGUUCAGUUUAAUGUGCACCAAUAUAAGUCUCAGCUGGAAGCAACUAAUGAAAUGAUGAAAGAACGAGAGAAUAUCCUCAAGGAUUUGGAAGAUUUUCUCAAUUUGCUUCCAACAACUAAACUGUCAUUUUUAGCAGAAAUCAGAAGUUUGAGGUGGGACAGGUUAACAUUACAGGAUAUCCAGAAAAAACUAGGUCACUGGGACAAGGAAAUAUCCCGUCUGAGGCAAAUGGCAGAAAUACUGGAUAACCGGCUACCGACUGUAGAUAUUUCAUUAGAAGAUCCAGAGUUUGGAGGGGAAACAUCUUGUGUGAAAUUGGUUGGUGUAUUGUCUAAAAAUAUUGCCAGCACCCAAAAAACCGUCCUGCAAAAAGCAGAGUCAUCUGAGCAGAGCGACAAAACGCAAUCUGUAUGUGGCGCAAUGAAUAUUCUUUCACCAAUAGAAAAAGACAUUGAAUUGUUUUGCGAAUCAAACACGCAGUUUAAUGAGAAGGAUAUUGAAAAGUUCACUUUGUCUGAUAUUAAAUAUGUUUUCAAGGACCUUAAGGAUGUUCAAAGCUGCGUUGAGGUUUCCAUUGAGCAAUGUGACAAGUUGGAAUCAUCAGCUGAUUGUGGUGACCCAGUAACGUUACGCGAGGUUCAGUCCAGGACACAACAAUAUAAGCUGCAGCUAAAAGCAACAGGUGACUCAAUGAAAGAGCGAGAGAAUAUCCUCAGGGACCUGAACGAAUUUCUGACUUCCCUUAAUGCAACAAGACUGGCGGUUGUAACUGAAAUCGCACAUCUGGGAAACGACAGGACUGAAUUACUGGAAAAGCAGAAAAAGCUGGAUUAUUGGGGCAGAGAAAUUUGCCGCCUGAGGGAAAAGGCUGAAAUACUGGACAACCUUCUUCCUGCUAUGGAAAUCUCCUUGGAAGAUCCAGAGAGUGGAGGAGAAACCUCUUGCCAGAAGAUGCUGUGUGUAUUCUCUGAAAAAAUAGAAAGUGCCCAAAAUGGCGUCCUGCAGGUACUGAAUACCCUGCGCCACAGGGAGGAGCUGGAGAUCCUGACCAAUCGGCAGAUAGAUCUGUGUAAAACAAUUCAAUGCAUACAGGAUCAUAUUGGCCUGAUCGUCUUAAGGGACCCAACUAUUCAUUCUGUAAAAGAAAGGAUGAAAACACUGGAUACCAUGGAGAAUGAGCUGGAUUCCUAUACACAUGAAAAAAUGUCUAUUAUUGAUGGGUUAACUGAGCUUCUUCAAACUGCGCAAGGGGACGACUUAAAAGCAGAGCAGCAGUGUGAAAUAAUCGAAACACUGUGGGAAGACACACGAAUGUGUAUCACAGAAAGCAAAGAGCAAUCCCAGAAAGUGCUUGAACUUCUCAGAAAAUUUCAAAGUUGCAAGACCCUGCUGACGUCAUUAAUUCAGAAAGGAGACGAUACGUUAAUGCAAGAUUCGUCCUACAAGGGAAAAAACAACGUUCAAAAAAUGAUAAGCAAGGUGGAAGAACUGAAAAGUGAGUUUAAUGACAAUAUGGAAAACGUUGACGAGAUAAACAAUGUUUGCAAAAGUUUACAAUACCACCUACAUCGAAUGAAGAGCUUUGGAAACCCCCCGUUCCAGAAUGAAGCCAACAUGAUCAUAGACCGAUGGUUGGAUAUAAAUGAUAAAGUUGACAAUUAUUGUGAGAAUCUAAAAAGUGCUUCCCGUCUGUGGGACAAGGUUGUCCACCUAUCGGAGGAUGUGGAGGAGUGGGCGGUGCAAAAAAUACCGUUGUGCCAGGGAAAACCUUUACAAGAUGAUGAUGUUAUUGCGUUAGCCGUUGAGUUUCAAAGACAAGAAGACAGAUUGGUGGAAAUCAGUGAUAAAACUGAGGCUAUACAACUAUUACUAAGAAGCUUUGAACCACCAUUGGAAUUACAGGUCAUAAAGACAUCUCUUCUGAAAAAGCUGGAACCCGUACAAGAGCUUGUAGCGUGUUUUAGUGGUGCCGGCGAAAUGCACGACACCAGUGCAGUGACCACGGGAGAGAAAGAAGAUCUGUCACACCCUGAAUCAGACAUUGCACAUCAGAGUAAUACAGAAGAGACAGAGGCUCAAGGUGACCAACAGCAGCAACAUCUGGCAAACCUGCAGUUACGGCUGAGCGAGUUACUGGACAGGCAGAAAGAUUUAGACUCUUCGCCUCAGCCCAGUUUACAGGAGAAACUAGAUCAACUGGGAAACUUCAGCACAUUCCUCUGGGAAACGCAAGAGCUCACUAAUUACCUGCAACAGUGCAAGCCGAGGGCAGAUGCACCCAGUCUUGUAGGUGCUCAGUGGCUGGAAAUGAGACACGUACUGCACAGCAUCUUGCAGCAGUUACAGCGUACAAUGCACAUACUAGAGAGUCGUCUACUUCAGCACCAGCAGUUUGAAAGCCUCGCCGCAGCUCUGAAUAACAAAAUGACUCGAUUUUCUGAAGAGCUUCUUAAUUUCAUGAGCGUAUCCUCGGAGAAGAAGGCAUCCAAGGAACUGCAGCAUAAAUUACAGGGGCUGCAUACAAGUUUUGAUGAAAUAGAAUCCUGUCUAAUGCAAAUAGCCACAUCAACCGAAGAUGUCAAAAAGAGCACAUCUCCAGAAGGGGGCAGGAAAAUUCAGGAGAUUUCAGAUUCCUGCCACAGAAAAAUGGAGGAAUUAAGGAAACUGUUUCAGAGUUUGAAAAAAGACAAAGAUCUCACAGGUUUCUUUGAAAAAAUAACAAUAAAGACUGAGGGCGCUCGAGAUGGAGAGAAAAUUGUAAAUGAACCCACUUUGGUACAGCCAGACACUAUAACCCUACAAAAAGGGACAGAGACUGAAGAGGAAAUCAGUGAUGCAACACCUGAAGCAUUAGUGAGGCAUCUGCUACCGGAUGACAAAGACAUUACAAAAAGGGUGGAGAAGAUGCCAACAGAACUGUUAGGGACCCAGGUUCAACCAGACAGUGUAAACUUAAAAGCAGUAACAAGCAAUAAGGACACUAGCGAGAGUGAAACAUUGUCUACUGAAGCAUUAGUGAUCUGUGAUCAAUCAGACAACGUUAGCAUAAAAGUAAUGGCAUCCGUUGGGAAUGUUAGAGAUAGUGAAAUGAUAGGUUCCCCCAUUUAUCUAGAGAGCAACAGAGAAAAUGCUUAUUCUGAGCUGUUAGUGGAUUCUGUACAAAUAGAGAGCUUAAAAGUAAAUGGAGUAGUAAAUAGUGGAGAGGAAACUAGAACUGAAGAUAAGAUGCUAUCUGAAAAUGUAGGGGUCUAUGAGCAACCAAACAGUGCAGACACUGAUGAUGGAGAAAAGAUGAUAACAGAACUGUUAGAGCUUCCUGUGCAGCCAGAUGGUGGAAACCUUACUGAAGUGACUGGGGAGCUUCCUAGAGAUGAAGAGAAGAUGUCAACUGAAAUAAAAGUGUCAGUGAGUGACAACCCUUGCAGAUAUGGAGAGGAUAUGACAACAGAACAAGUAAUGGUUACUGUACAACAAGAAGGCCUAACAAAAAUGACAGAGACUAAGGAAGAAACAAGAGAUGUCAGACAAAAGGAGUUUGAAACUUUAGAGUUCUCUGUCCAAAAAGACAGUUUUAAAGUAACAAUCAUUAAGGGCACUACCAAUGUGGAGGACAUGGCUUCUGAACUGUUAGUCACUUCUGUACAACCAGAGAGAAUAACAAUUGAAAACGUCAUAAGCAGUAAGGGGGCUAGUGAUGGAGAGAAGAUGGCAAAUGAACCAUUAAUGAAACUCCUGCAAUUAGAAGGUGCAACAAAGAGUGAAGAAAACAUGACAGCUAAAUCAUUAGUGGCAAAGGUUGAGGAGGAAACCAGAGAUGAAAAACAGAUGUCCACUGAAUCCUUAGUGCUCACUCUACAAUCAGAUAGUGUAGAUGUAAAACAAUCAACAAAUAGUGAGGCUAUUCAAAAAUCUGAGAUUAUUGUAGAAGAAUCUUUAAGGGACGGUGGUCUUCUUGUACAACCAGAAAGUUUAGAAGAAAUGACAAGGAGUGAGGUUUCACAUGAUGGAAAGAGGAUACAAACUGAUUUGUUAGUGCAACCGGGAAAACAAGUUACAAAGAGUGAGGAUACUAAUGGCAGUGACAAGUUGAUCACAGAACGGUUUUGGCAACCUAAACAAAAAGGCAUUAAAAAGGUAAAAAAAGUCAAAAAGGGUGGGGAUAGUAGAUAUAAAGGGAAGGUGUUAUCUGAACUAUUUGCCAAUCCACCAAAAACCGAUAGCAUGGAAGUAAAAGUGACUAAGAGUGAGAAAGUAACUAGAGAUGAUUUAAAGAUAUCAUCUGAAAUAUUGAUGGAUUCUAAACAACCAGACAAUUUAAAAGUAAAAGAAGUAACAAACAAUGGGGACAUUAGAGACAUACAGGAAAUCAUACCUGCACCAGAUAAAAUGAACAUAGAAAACAUGACAAACAAUAAGGACCCUAGGGAUGGAGAGAAGAUAGCACCUGAGCAGUCAGAGGUGCUUCUACAACCAGUUAUUAUAAAUGUAGAAGUUACCAAGAGUGAAGAGAAGAUACCAACUGAAGGUGAACUGAAGAUACCACUAAAGGUGGUUACAAACAAUGAGAUAGAAACUAGUGACGACAAGACAUUAACAGCAAAAGACUUAACAGAUGGUGAGAAGGAAAUUGGGGCUAAAAAGAGAAUACCGCCUGAAUUAUUUACUGUAUGUGAACAAACAGACGGUGUGAAAGUUAUGGAAGCAAUAAGGAAUGAGGAGGGUCAAGAUGGAGAAAACAUAACUGAAGUGGUCUUUGUUCCCCAAGGUCAUGUAAAAGAAGAGUUUGAGCAGUCAGCUUUACAAUUAGAAGCUCUUCUACAACAAAACACUGUAAAGGUAAAAGAAGGAACAAACAUUGAAGACUAUAGAGAUGAAGAGACGUUUUCUUCUGAAAUAGAGACCAAAGAUAAAGACAAGAUGCUGCUUGAAACCUUAGUGGUCUCUCCAGAGCCAGAGAAAGUAAAGAGAGAUGGAGAAAAUGUGAGAGAAUUAGCUGUGACUGCACAAUCACAUGGUGUGAACACAUUAGAAGUUACAGGGCUUGAGGAGGAAGCUAGCGGUAAAGAAAUAAUGUCACCUGAAACCUCACUAGUCCUUGUACAACAAGAUGGAGAGAAUGUGAUGACAGAUGAAGUAGUUGUGACUGCACAAGUAAAUGGUGUGAUUGCAUUAGAAGUUAUAGGGCCUGAGGAGGAAACUAGCGGUAAAGAAAUAAUGUCUCCUGAAACCUCACUUGUCCUUGCACAACAAGACAGUCUAAAAGUAAUAAAAGAUACCGUAAAUGAAGCCACUAGAGAAAGCUUUGAGGAUAUCAUUGAGAAUAGACAGAAUAUAGUAUCAUUAUCAGUCACUGUGGAUCCAGGAAAAGUAAAAGGAGUGGCAAAGAAUGUGGAUGUGAACAACCAUGAGAUUUUGCUCACUGGACAGUUAUUUCAACCUAAGCAAAAAGGCAUGAAAAAUGUAAAGAGAGUUAAAAAGGUUGGCGACAGUCGAUAUAAGGGGAAGAUGUUAUCAGAACUAUUUGUGGAUCCUGUAUCAACAGAUUGCAUAAAAGCAGAAGUGACAAUGAGUGAGGAGGACCUUAGAUUUGAAGGGAAAAUGUCAACUGAACUGCCUGUGGCCUCUGUACAACCUGACAUCAUGAUAUUAAAUGAAAUAAUAACAAGUGAAGAAGCAACUACAGAUGGAGUUAAGAUUUCAUCUGAAACGUUAAUGGCUUGUGAACAUCCAGACAGUAUAAAAGUAAAUGAAAUUACAAACAAUGAGGGGGCCAAAGAUGGACAAAAAAUGUCUCCUGAAAAAUUAGUGGUCCCUAUUAAGCCAGAUGCCAUAUAUGUUACAGAAGUGCCAACAAAUGAAGAGGACACUAACAGAAAAUUGCUACCUAAAAUAUUAAUGGUCAUUGAACAACCAGACAGAGUAAAAGAAGCAACAAACAGUAAUGGCACUAGAGAUGGAGAAAAUAUUGUAAAUACAGAUGUAAGAAUAAAUGAAAAUAACAUUCUAACAGAACCAUUAAUGGCUAUGAUGCCACCAGAUGACAUAAACAUUGACUUGGUGACAAACCAUAAGGGAGAAAAUAGAGAUGAUGAAGUUUCAGGUGAACUUUUUGUUGUCACUGUACAAGCAGACCCUAUAAGAGUAGAAACAUUUACAAACAUUGAGGACAAAACAGAGGAGAAAGGGAAGAUGCCAUCUGAAACGUUUAUGGUCUGUAAAGAGCCAGGCAAUGUAGAAGUGAAAGAAAUUAAAAAGAAUGAGAAAGCUGAAGAUGUUGAUAACUUACCUGAGGUGAUCUCUGUUAAACAGAAACAUGUAAAACUAAAAGAACUGACAGAGAUUAAGGUGAAAACUAGAGAUGAAAUGACGGCAAUGAAACCUUUAGUAGAAACAGUACAAGAAGACACUGUGAAUAUACAUUUUUUUACAAACAAUAAAGACACCAGAGAUGGGGAGAAGUUACCCAGAUUGUCUGAAACUGUACAGUCAGAAACUGUGAAAAUUAGUGAAGAAAUAAGUGAACAAGAGCAGAUAUUAACUGACGAUUUAGUUCACCCCAGUGAAAAACGUUUAAAAAAAGUAAAAAGAGGAAGAAAGAGCAAACAAACUAAAGGGAAGGUGUUAUCAGAACUCUUUGUGGACCCCUUACAAACACAUAAUUUAGUAGACAUGACAGUGAGUGAGGUAAUUCACCAUGAAGAAGCUGAACCAUUUGUGGCCUCUGUACAAUCAGAUAGUACAAAAGAAGUUAGAAAAACUGAAGAACACACUGAAAAUGAGGAAAAUAUGCCUCUUGAAUCAUUAGUUGUGACUGCACAACCAAAUUUUGAAAAUUUAGAAGUUACAAGAAGUGAAGAAAAGGUUCCAACUGAUCUAUUAUUGGUGGCAAACUGUGAAGAAGGAACUAGCGAUCAAAAGACAUUGAUCAAAAACACUGUAACAGUAAAGGAAUUGACAAAUAUUGAUGAGGAAAGAAGAGAUGAAGAUAAAUUGCCACCUGAAACAUUAACAGUCUGUAAGCUGCCAAUGAGUGUCACAAUUAAAGAAGUCAAGAGAAAUGAGAACAUUCAGGAAGUCAACAUAACAAAAAUGACAUCUGUUUACCACGAGCAUGUAAGCUCAUCAGAAGUGACAUCUGUUUACAACGAGCAUGUAAACCCAACUGAAGUGGCAUCUGUUUACCACGAGCAUGUAAACCCAACAGAAGUGAUAUCUGUUUACCACGAGCAUGUAAACCCAACAGAAGUGACAUCUGUUUACCACGAGCAUGUAAACCCAACAGAAGUGGCAUCUGUUUACCACAAGUAUGUAAACCCAACUGAAGUGGCAUCUGUUUACCACGAGCAUGUAAACCCAACAGAAGUGACAUCUGUUUACCACGAGCAUGUAAACCCAACAGAAGUGGCAUCUGUUUACCACAAGCAUGUAAACCCAACUGAAGUGGCAUCUGUUUACCACGAGCAUGUAAACCCAACAGAAGUGGCAUCUGUUUACCACGAGCAUGUAAACCCAACUGAAGUGGCAUCUGUUUACCACGAGCAUGUAAACCCAACAGAAGUGGCAUCUGUUUACCACAAGUAUGUAAACCCAACUGAAGUGGCAUCUGUUUACCACAAGUAUGUAAACCCAACGGAUGUGGCAUCUGUUUACCACGAGCAUGUAAACCCAACAGAAGUGGCAUCUGUUUACCACAAGUAUGUAAACCCAACUGAAGUGGCAUCUGUUUACCACGUGCAUGUAAACCCAACAGAAGUGACAUCUGUUUACCACGAGCAUGUAAACCCAACAGAAGUGGCAUCUGUUUACCACGAGCAUGUAAACCCAACUGAAGUGGCAUCUGUUUACCACGAGCAUGUAAACCCAACAGAAGUGGCAUCUGUUUACCACGAGCAGGUAGACCCAACUGAAGUGGCAUCUGUUUACCAUGAGCAUGUAAACCCAACAGAAGUGACAUCUGUUUACCACAAGCAUGUAAACCCAACAGAAGUGACAUCUGUUUACCACGAGCAUGUAAACCCAACAGAAGUGACAUCUGUUUACCAUGAGCAUGUAAACCCAACAGAAGUGGCAUCUGUUUACCACGAGCAUGUAAACCCAACAGGAGUGACAUCUGUUUACCACGAGCAUGUAAACCCAACAGAAGUGACAUCUGUUUACCACGAGCAUGUAAACCCAACAGAAGUGACAGAAAGAAAGGUAAAAACUAGAGAUGAAAAGAGGUCAGCAAAAUCAUUACUGGAAAAAGUACACAAAGGCACUAUAAAGAUAAAGGUUACAAACUUUGAGGACACCACAAAUGGAGAGAAUCUAUCAGAACAGCCUGUACAUCCAGAUAGUGGAUAUGUAAAAAUAAGUGAAAAAAUAACAGAUGAAGUUAAGUUGCAAACUGAAGAUUCAGUUCACCCCAGUGAAAAAUGUAUCACAAAAGUAAAAAAGGUAAGAAAAAGCAAACACACCAAAGGGAAGAUGCUGUCAGAACUGUUUGUAGACUCCUUACCAACAGUUGAUGUAAUAGGCAUGACAGUGAGUAAAAAUAACACCCAUGAAGAACAUGAAGCCCCUCUGCAGUCAGAUAGUGUAAAAGACGGUAUACAUACUGAGGAGGACACUAGACACAAAGAAACAAGCACACCUGAACUAUUUGUGGCUUCUGUACAAUCAGAUAGUACACAAGAAACUACUAAGAUUGAGGAGGACUCUAAAGAUGGAGGAACAAUGCCACUGGAAUCAUUAGGGGUGCCCAUACAGCCAAAUAUUAUAAAUGUACAAGUAACAAGUAAUGAAGAAAAUAUGCCAGAUGAACCUUUAGUGGUCACAAUGCAACCAGAUAGUGUUAACCCAAAAGUAGUGACACACCAUGAAGAAGAAACUGGAGGUGAAAAGACAUCAACUGGACUCUUUGUGGUCACUGUGCAAUCAGACAAUGUAACAGUAAAAGAAUUGAACAGUGAGGAUGAAACAAUAGAUAAAGAGAAAAUGUCCCAUGAAAAAGUCAAAAAAAUUCAAGGGGAUCAUUAUAUUCAGAAUGUUCAACAAGAACAUGUAAAAGAAGUGGCAGAGAUUAAGGUUAAAACUAGAGAUAAAAAGAGGUCACCAAAACCAGAAGUAUUAGUACAGCCUGGACAGCCAGAUAGUGUAAAUGUUAAAAUUAGUGAUGAAAUAAGAGAUGAAGAGAACAUGUUAUCUAAAGAUUUAGUUCACCCCAGUGAAAAACGUAUAAAAAAAGUAAAAAAAGUCAGAAAGAGCAAGCCCACUAAAGGAAAGAUGUCAGAACUAUUUGUGGACCCCUUACAAACAGACAUGACAGUGAGUGAAGUCAUAAGCAAUAAAGAACCUAAAUUAGACAGCAUAAAAGAAGUAACAAAGAUUGAAGAGUACACUAGACAUGAGGAGACAAUGACUCCUAAACCAUUUAUGGUCCCUGUACAGUCAAAUAAUAUCAAUGAAGUGGCAAAGAUUGAGAAGGACUCUGGAUACGAGGAGACAAUUACCCCAGAACAGUUUGUGGCCCCUGUACAGCUAGUUAGUGUAAAGGAAAUAACAAAGAUUGAAGAGGACACUGGACAAAGUGAAGCAAUAACACCUGAACCACUUAUGGCCCCUGUAGAACCAGUCACUGUAAAGGAAAUUACAAAGAUUGAAGAGAACACUAGACAAAGUGAAGCAAUAACACCUAAACCACUUGUGGCCCCUGUAGAACCAGUCAGUAUAAAGGAAAUUAUAAAGAUUGAGGCGGACACUAGACUCGAUGAAGUAAUAACACUUGAACUACAUAUGGCCCCUGUACAUCCAGUUAGUGUGAAAGAAGUGACAAAGAUAGGGGGGGUCAAUAAAAAUGGAGAAGACCUGCCAGUGGAACUGUCCAUGGUGCCUGUACAACAAAAUAUAGUAUGUAUAGAUGUAAGAAAGAAUGAAGGGACAAUGCCUGCUGAUCAAUUAGUGGUUAAAGUUCAACCAGAUAAUGUAACCCUAAAAGUGUUAACAAACCAUGAAACAGAGACACAAGACAACAAGAUGUCAGCUAACCUCUUUGUUUUACCUGAAAAAUCAGCUACCAUAAAAGAAUUAGCAAAUGUUGAGAUGAAAUCUAGAUCUAAAGAAACAUUGCCAUCUGAAACAUUAAUGGUCUGUGACAGCAUAAUAGAAGAGGCCAUUCAAGAUGUAGAUAACAUAACAGACGUGACCUCUAUUCAACAAGCUAAUGUAAACCUAACAGAAUUUACAGAGAUUAAGGUGGAAAUUAGAGAUGAAAAGAUGUCAGCAAAUCCAUUAGUGGCUCCUGAUCAACAAGACACUGUAAAGGUAAAAGAAGUUACAAACAACCAGGACACCAGAGAUGGUGAGAAUUUACUAGGAAUGAUAAGAAAAGAGGAGAACAUGGUUACCAUUAAACACAUCAAAAAAGUAAAACGAGUGAGAAAGAGUGAGGACAAUAGAUAUAAAGGGAGAAUGUUAUCUGAACUACUUGUGGAUCCCUUGCAAACAGAUGAUGUAAAAACAAUGUCAGUGAGUGAAGUCCCUAGCCAUGAAGAACUUGAACUAUUUGCAUCCUCUGUGAGAUCGGACAACUUAAAAGAUGAGACGAUGGUUGUCAAGGACACUAGACAUGAAGAGAUAUUGCCCCCUGGUCCAUUUGUGGCCACUGUACCAUCAGAUAGUGUAAAAGAAAUAGCAAUGGUCGAGCAGGACACUUGUCAAGAAGAGACAGUCAUAUCUGAAUUAACUGUGGCCCCUGUACAACCAGAAAGUGUAAAAGAAGUGACAGAGAUUGAUGAGGACAAUCGAGAUGGAGAUCAGAUGACACCUGCAUUAAUAGCUGUUCCUGGGCCAGCACACAAACUCAUGCAAGGCAAGAAAAAGAAAAAAAACACAGAGGCUAAACCUGAUUUACAGAAGGCUGAAGGAGACAAGAAUUUACCAGGAAAACAAGAAAGGGCAGCAGUACUGGAUUAUAGUCAUUUGACGGCAACAACCAAUGGCGAGAAGAAUAACCAUGUGCAAAAAUUACAUGAAGGCGAAAUUUCACACAGAAAACCGAAAACUGGGAAAAAAAUGUCUCUUAGUGAAAAGAAGACUCCCAGGUCACUGAGCGAUACGGUCAGUGCGUCUGAUCACGCUGCGUCCCUUAAGGUUUUUAGAAAAAUACAAAGAUGGAUACAAAGUGGCCGACGACGCCUAGAAACACAAAGAAACAGUCCGUGUGAUGAAGAUAAAUUAGCUGAGAAGAUGAACACGAUACAGAAUUUAUAUGACGAAAUCUCUCAAAAGAAAAGCGUUCUGCAUUCCAUAGACGGUAAACGAUUUGCAGAGGAGGACGCAUUAAACAAGACAAAUAAUGAGCGCGAGCUGGAAGAGGCCAAGCGCCAGCUGGACAACCUUCUUGAUGACUGCGACUUCUACAGAAGGCAACUUGAGUCUUCGCUAAACGAUUUAGAUACCUGCGACCAUGAAUUCCACCACGUUUCAAGUGUAUUAAAUCCAGCUAAAGAAAAACUGUAUAUGAGGGAAAUGAUUGGACGGGGUUCAGCAAAAGCUGGUGUCAUAAGUGAGAUACAGGUCUCUAUGUUGGAAGCUGGAGAUGUCGCUCUUCAGGCUGUAAUGGGAGGAGCAGGUGACAAAGCGCAGAAUGACGAGACCCAGGAAAAAGCAGCGGUUACAGAGGACAGUUUUUUGAAACCAGAGGAAGCCUCUGCUGAGAGUCAGACAGUGUCGGCCUCACUCGAUGUUCCACUGACUGAUCAGGCAGAAGAAGGUCUUUCGUCCGAAGAGCUUACACUUCAGCGCAAGAUAUUCCUGCAGGAUUUGCAACAGGUUCUUUCCAGUCUACCAGAUAUUGGUCAGCAUGAAAUUAGGGCCAUCAGGGACCCCAGGAACAGAUUUGCUCGCAGUAUUAAGUUUUGCCUUACUAGUGAAGUUGCGGCUACCCAGAGGUCUUCAGAGGAUGAGGACAGCACAGAUGUCACAGAUGCUAAAAGAAAAGUGAGUCUGCUGAAAAAACAAGUGAUGCCGCGGGAUGCGACAGAGGCAGAGAGACAGCUUCAGGAGAUACAGACCCUUGUUGAUGAAAUAUCAAAAGUGAAAUGCGUUGAUAAUUUGCGCACAGUAGACAGUGAUGUUGCGGAGCGCUCGGAAUCCAGCUGGGGAAGUGUGCUGUGUGAGCUGAGUGACUUGAAAGCUAAAAAACUGAAAGAGAAUCAGCUGAUUAAAUUGUACCAGGACGCGCUUUCUGUGGCUAAACGAUCACUGCAAUGCUUGGCUAAGGAUAACGAAAACCUAAAAAUGGGCAUCACAGAGAGUCAUGCAAGUUACCUAGAAAGAUUAAAAGAUUUCCUCACCAAACUAAAGAUGGAAAGGGAAUAUAUGUAUAAACUGAAAAGAGAACAAGCACAUAUCUACGCUUCUGGAAUAUCCGCACUGGAAACAGAAAAGAUCGCUAGUGAUGUUAAACAGUUGGAUGACUGCUGGGAUCAACUAGAGCUGUCUGCACAAAAGAAAUACGAUCAGUUUGUAAAAGAAUUAGCGGAGUUGACAUUUAUUAAACAAAAUAUCUAUAAUGUGCAGAAUAAGAUACAAAUGCAGAAGGAUCUGAUUGAAAAGUCUGUACCGUCACAAAGAUUUGCUCAGAAGGAUUCACUGAUUCUGGCUGCAGACUUGCAAGUCCUGAGACAUUUAUAUUAUUACAUAAAGAUUGUUGUGGAUCUGCAGAUGAAGCAAGCAUUAGGGCAAAAUGAGAAUAAAAAAUUGGAAAUUGCUUUAGACAAUUUGCAAAGUCAACUGGAUGAUCUGGAGAAACUCGCUAACGACAAAUCAUUGACGCAAGCCUCAGUAACACACAUCUGGUUAGAGGAAGCGUCUAUAAAACCUCUGUUUAAGGCGCUCAUUUGGGUAAAGACAUUACAAUAUAGAGACAGUAUUGAUCAGGGAAUUGCUCUAUUCCCAGAAGAUGUUGCCAAACAAAUCUCUGACUAUAAAAUCUUGUACGAAAAACUUCUGGCCACAAAAUCCACAGUAGACUCUUCUAUUGAGUCCAAAUAUAAUAUCUCAGAAGGGGAUUUGCCAGAGUCUGAAAACUUAAGUCCCUUUGUUUAUCAAUUGCAAAAACUAUUUCAGGAACAAAUUACCAAAUCAAAUGAGCGAUUACAGGUGUUGGAAUCUGGUCUGGUAAAGAGAAAAGAGCUAUUUUCUGAAAUAGAAAAACUGGAAGACUUGCUGCGGGGUCUGGGGGCUGAAGAAGCUCCAGUCAAAAAGAGAAUAUUUACAGCAGAGGAGUUGUAUGAGGAGCUGAAUUGUGCGAAAACCAAGACAACGGAGCUGGGGGAAAUUGAAGGUCUUGUGCUGACGCUUCUGAGGAACAGCCAGAGAUAUAACCAGGAGCUAAAGGCUUCUGAGCAGUUAUACCUAAAUGACGUAUUGAGAAGUCUGAAGAGUAAAGCCAGACAUCUCUGCACACUGGAGGAGAACAAGGUUUUUUACAUGGAAAGAAUUUUGAGCACCUACAAUGAGUUUCAAGAAAUGACAAACUACUUAAAUCAGGAACUGAACAAGGUGCAGAAGUUAGAGCUGGGCAACGAGGGGACGGACAGCUGUGCGGACAAUGCUGAGAAAUUACAGAGUGUGCAGAGCACCAGUGUGUAUUGUCAGAACCACUUAGCUCAGAUACGUGGGUACAAGGAGCUGUUUGAGGACAAUUCGCUUCACUGGGAUAGUUUUAUUGUUGAGAACUUACAGAGUAAACUUCAAAACAUUAAAAAACAGUAUGAAAUGCAAGAACCAACUCCAGUGUGUGAUCCAGACAAGUACAACGUUUUGUUAGAAAAUAUACAAAUAAUGUUAUCUGCUCUACAAAAGCAAACAGAUGCCAUUCAGGGUGAAUUUGAUGACAUAGAGGCCCAGGUUGUACGUAACAAAAUCAAUGAUAUAAUACUUCUAACCGCUGAGGCAGUGAGUGUGUUGCCCAAUAACCCAACUCCUGAUGCGUCCUCUGGUCAAAUUGAAGAACAAAAGAUAAAAGUUUUACAAGAUAGCCUGAUUCAGCUACACCAGAAUCUCAGCCAAAUCAUAAACAUUUCACCAACAAAUAAAGGAAACAUUUAUUAUCAACUGGAACACGCUUUUACCAUUCUUAAAAAGAUUGACUGCGAGGUCCAGCGGCCGUUGGUUAUUGGUCUGGAGAUGCAUAAAGCUGAGGAGGAGCUGAAACGCCUGGAAGUUCUCUAUGAGAUAAGCAAAACCAAGUUACACGAGGUGAGGUCUGCGCUACCGUCAGAAAUCAAUGAAGACCUGAACAAUCAGCUGGAGGAUUUAAAGGAGAUAGAGAAUCAUCUGGAAAAGAGCAUAUCCUGGCGCAUUCUUCAUAUUAAUGAGUACUGCAGGAACCUUAGAAAGCUUGAAGAUGACAUCUGCAAGACCACAGAGCUCUUCAAACAGCUGGAGGAACAAGUCCAUACACAUCCAGCAGUGCUCAGUGAAACACAAGAUACUUCUGUGCAUUUAGACUUCAUUUUGCCAAAAAGAGAAGAACUAAACUCCACUUUGGCUAAAAUCAAAGCUCUAGCCAUGCAGCUGAGAUCCAUUUGUCAUCCGAAAGCUAAGGAAGAACUAAAAUAUAUUUUACAGGAGAUCGCUGCCAGGAACUCGCGGUUGACCACAUUGCUUGAAAAGAAAAGAUGUGCUUUGGCGAGCUAUCAAGAAAAAUACCAAAAGUACAAAGGAAUUAAACAGAAGAUUUGUGAGGAUCUUGAGAAUUUGGAAAUACGCAUAAGAGAUUGCUUUAAUCAGACGCCUGCGUUAUCCUUCAGAGAUGCGCUGCAGCAGUGGGAGAGGAGCAAGCUUUUAGUAUCUCAGAUCUCCUGCACAGAAGAUGAUUUACUAAAGCUGACCCAUGUUUCCUGUGAACUGCGUACAGUAUGCGCAGAUAGCGAUACCUGUGUGGCUGACAAAGUGGUGACCUCAUUAGGCAACAGGUGGCUGUAUCUGCUGAACGUCACUCGAGACUGGGAGACAUACUGUGAUCAACUCAAGCAAGAGUGGAAGAUAAUCAGUGAAGAGGUGGAGAGGGAGAUGAUUCUUCUGGACAAUAUUUUAGAAGAGGCUCCAGAAAGCCCUGAAAAGAAGCAAAGUACAGCCCAACUUAUGGACUUUCUGUCUGAUCUGAAACGUUUGGAGGAAAAUCUAAAACUGCAGCAGCUGCAUCUUUGUCUUCUGAUCCGUCGCAUACAAAGAAUACAAGGAACUCGUGAGAUUUGUACGAGUACAGAAGAGAUCCCCAUCUUAAAUGAAAUCCGAUCAAUGGCGCAGAAAUGUAAAAUACUUAAAGAAAAGGUGCAGAAAAAUGAGAAAGAGGCAGGUGUUGAGCUGAAGGAAAGAGAGCAGCUGAAGGAGCAAAUCGCUGCCAUGAAUCAGUCAUUUCUGGAGCUGUCAUCUGCUGCCCAAGCCUUACAGAUUUCCGACCCUACUGAGAGAAAGUCCAAAUUGGAGGAACAUCAAAGCCUGAUUAAUACAGAAAAACAAAAACUAGAUGGUUUUAUGGAAAAUCUCAGAAUCCGAUACGCUGAAUCAAUCCCUGUUGAGAUAGGAUCGGAGGUGGAUGAAUGCCGUGUGACUUUGGAGGAAACAGAGGAAGAGAUUCAGAAUGAGGUUCGGAUGUGCUCCCCUCAAUAUAUAAUGAGUAGAAAGGUUGAAGACAUCAUAAACGGCCUCCAGAGCAUUGAGGUCCUAUUAACCCAAAAAAGCAAAAACAUUGUGAAAGCUAAAGAAUUGCAAAAGAAAAUCUGGGAUGAGAUGGAUACGUGGCGUUCUAAACUGAAUGCGCUGGAAUCAGAGGUGCAGGAUCUCGCAGAGGACGACCCAGACCAGGCUCAGGAAUGGAUGGAUAAGCUAAUGGAACCAUUUAGUCAGUGCCAGCAAGUAUCGGGCCUGGUGGAACGCAGAACUGCUAAUCUGAACAAGGCAGCUAGCAAGCUCGAGGAAUAUGAAGACGUUUUAAAGAGCACAAAUUCCUGGAUCCAGAGCUCCAGCAGCUUGUUGAGUGAAGAGAUGGAGAAGUGUUCUGCUAAAACUCUGAGCAAACACUUACAAGCACUCAGGAUGGCGCUUAUGGACUCAGAACAAAAGCAGGAAACCCUGCUCUUCAUCAACUCUGAGCUGAAUGAAUUAGCAGUGAUUUUUGAAACUGAGAAUACUGCUAAUCUGCUGAACAAGAUUAAUACACAAGUGAGAGACUUGCAAGAUAGGAUAUUCGCCACAAUGUCCCUUUUCCAGCACGUAACAGAUGAGGUUAUUGCUAUGGAGGCAGAAGUGAAAAAGAUGGAGAAAACCGCAGAAACAAUUAAAACUAUUAUGACAUCGACAGAUAUAGUUGAUAUGUCGCCUCUUGAGCAUCACAAUAAUGGGCUGGUUAUACUUGACAAUAUUGUAUCCAUGAAGAGGGUGAUUGCUGAGAUUGAAGUUUACAGAGAUACCCUCAGACUGCCGGAUAUUGGGGUCAAGUCUUUGUCUGUUUUUGCAAGAACCAGGCGACUAUGGAAAGAAGUUGAGAUCUUAGAAAAAGUCACCAAAGAACAAAAUGAACUGUUAGAGCCAAUUAUAUCUGAAAUAACAGAGCUUGAAAAGGAACAAGAUACUUUUAAACAUCUCCAUAAGAAUGAGGCGUCAGCAGAGAGAACUGAUAUAAAGCAGGAAAAAACAGAGGUAUUGAGAGUUCGCAUACAAGAAUUAAACCAGAAAAAGGAAGCGCUUCUGCUUUCCUUAAGCAGCUCGGUCACUGAACAAUUGGAACGAUUACAGCUGGUAAACAGAGAUGACGACGUGGAAACAGUAAUAUCUCCGGUGACAGACGAGGAACCUUUAGCGCAGGGCGGGAGAAUGGAUUCCUAUUUUUUGCCUUCAUUGGUUGAGGAGGCUGAAGAGAGUUUUUCCAGUACAGAGGCACAAGAGGAAGAUACGGUUUUGGCAAGUGAGCAGGUCAGCAUUGUUGAAUCUGAGAGUGAAUGUGGGGAACAGCAGGGAGAUGGCAAAAAAAUGGUGGCCACUUUUACAUCUGAGCUGGAGAUGAUCAUCCAGGAUUGCCAGGGCAGGGUCACAGAGGUGGAAAUGUGGCUGCAAGAAAUAAGCCUGUCCCUGGCAUUAAGCACCCCGGGCACCACUGUGCAACAGACGCUGGAACAGCAGCUGCUAGACAGUCAGAAUGCUUUGCUGGAGAUUGAAAAAAAGGUUUGCGCUUUAUGGGAAGGUGAAAAACUCAAGGAGGAGGAACAUGGAACUUUACUCAGAGAGGCCGAGAACCUGACCACAAAGCUGAAGGAGCUGAAGUCUAACCUAGAGCAGGUCCAGGAGUUGCUUCAGGUGAAGCCGGCUUACUCACAGGACAUUGAGACAAACUCACUGGAGCAAAAGGAACUUACAAAACGAAUAUCUGUUGUCGAGAAAGUAGUGCCAGCAAAGGAUAAAGACCCCUACAUCACUUAUGUAGAAUCCCAGACCAGAAGUGACCCUACACGUGAAUCUGCUGAUCUUGCAGUCGUGCUGGGCGACAAUACAGAUGUCAGCUGGUGCAAGUGGGCGUAUUUACACAGAGAACUCACCUACAGGAUGCAGGGGGCGUCUCCCCAACAAGCUACCGAGGCUACAAAGGAAGUUAAAAUCAGUGCCCUUCCCAGAAUUCCAAUCAGCGCAAUAAAGUUGUCAUUUACUGAACAACACAAAAACCUCCUGACUCAGCUGCAUGUUCUGAAAGAGCAAAUCUCAGCUGCCCAGGGACAGGGAAUUGAGAGAAAUCCGCCAGAGACACUUUUUAGUUUGCUUCAUUCAACUUCCCAGUCGCUGCAAAAUGUGGACGAGAUGUUGGACCUACAGGAUCUGUCGCAAGAAGAAGCAGUGGCGCAGGUGGCGGUUUCUGAGACAUUGUGUGAAGAUCUAGACGCGCUUUGGUCAGACAUGACCAGCAAGAGGAAUGGGCUCCUGCCCCCUAUUACAGACAGCACCGCAGUCUGCUCACAGUGUUAUGAUGGCGUUCUAGCCUGGCUCAGACAGACGCGCAAUGCUGUGGCAUCAAGAACAGCGCUCAUCAGUGCGGAACUUAAGGAGAUCACACAAUACCAGAAUAACGUACGACAACUAUAUGAAGCGUUGCUUAAGAAGCAAACAGAUUUAAUACAACAUUUUAAUAUCAGUGGAGCGUGUGAAGCAGAGGACCAAAUUCAGGACAUUGCUGUGUACGAUAAGGAUCUGCAGAAGUAUGAAAACCAAGUGUCAGCUCUGAAGUCACAAGGGGAGACGCUGUCGCUCCCCGAAUAUCUAAACCAGGAUAUCCAUAAAGUGGAGGAUGUGCUUAAUGACACAUGGGACAUGCUGAGAUCCAAACAGGAGGAUUUAACACGUGUUGUUGUCAGCAGAGCUCAGAUGGACACAAUUAUCAGCGAGAUAUCAGAGCUCGUAGCUUUAGGAAAAGAGAUCAUUUCUAGGAGUAAAGAUUAUCGCCCCAGCAGCAAAGAAGCUUUAAAAUCCCAUUUGCACAAUUUUCAGAACUUUUUUGGACAACUUGAUGAUCUCCUCCUCCUGUUUGAAACAUUCUCCUCAAAGUUCCCCCAGGAUUUAGUGCUGCAGAGCCCAGUGCAGGAGGCCGUUAUACUGCAGGAAGAGGCGCGGGCCCUUGGGGUCCUUAUGAUGAGCUUAUUAAAGGAUUGGACUGAAUUUGACACAAAGUAUGUGAGUCUUAGCAAAGAGCUGGAGGUGCUGGGAUCCAUCGUCCCAAAUAUUGGUUUGGUAGAAGAGACAGAAGAAAGAGUAACAGAACGGAUUGCCCAAUAUCAGAAAAUUAAAAAGCUCCUUGACCAGAGCGAUUCUAGACUGCAGCAGGUUUAUGUGGACGGGAAACGAUUGCUGAGAACUGUAAAGAGCUCAGAGCUGGACGCACAAAUUGUAAAGAUGGAGCAGCAACAGUUGCACUUGCGCAAAAAGGUUAACCAGGAGCUGCAGCGGUUGGAGGCGAUGCUCCGGGACAUGACUAGCUACAGCAAAGAUUCGGCUGAAUUAUCCGUGUGGUUGGAAUCUGCUCACCAGAGACUGAAGAACUGGAAGCUGCAAUCGCUGGACGCGGCUCAGGACUUGGCCACUGUUCGAAACAAUGUCGCAAACUUUUUUGAAUUCACCAAUGAGGUUGAUCAGAAAUCUUCACUAAAGACCUCAGUGCUAAACACUGGUAACCAGGUUCUGCGGCUGAAGGAGGCGGAUACUGCGGCCCUGAAGGUCAGUCUGGCGAACUUUGAGGAACGAUGGACAGAGCUUAUAGCAGCACUGCCCCCCAUCCAGGAAAAACUGCAGCAACUUUUUAUGGAAAAACUCCCAUCGUGGGACGCGAUUCGCGAGCUCAUGGUUUGGAUGGAACAAGUGAACCAUGUCAGGGAGUUGGAGGUAGCAGAAUGUCCUCACUCGUCUGACGUCAGGAAUCAUCUUCAGAAAUACAAAGAUCUCCGGAGAGAGAUGAACCAAAAACAAUGGAUUGUAGAUUUUGUUAACCAGUCCUUACUGCAGCCGAGUGUUGGCGAUGUGGAAAGCAAGCGCUACGAGAGAACAGAAUCUGCCGAACGCCUGGGUACCAUGAAUUUACAGUGGUUGCUGAUGCAAGGAGACGUUAAUAAAAAGAUUCAGCACUUGGAGCAGGUUCUUGAAGCGAUUAUAGCGAGCGAGAGCAAACAGCAGACACUCAGCAGCUGGUUUGAUGGCCAACAGCUCCGAAUGAACAAAUUGCUAAAGCCCUCAUGUGUCACCGCCGCAGAGAGUAACCUGGCAGAUUGUACGGACUUGGAGGAACAGCUCAUCAGUAAGCUCAGUGCCAUAAAAGACCUGAAGAGCCAAGUGACAACUGGAAUUGAACCAGAGAUAAAAUGGCAGGAGGACUCUGUGGUGAUUGAGAACCUGUACAAAAAGCAGGAGAUGGUUGCUAACCAGGUGGCAAAUCUUAAAUCCUCAGCACAGAUAACGUUACAGCACUGGAAAGCGUUUGAUGAAAAUUGUGAAAAAAUUAACUGGGUGACGGUUAAAUUACUGUUUGUUUUGGAACAAAGCAAAUCUCAUUCGUUCUCACUGCGAGCACUGCAGAGACACAUGAAGAGCCUGCAGUCUGUUCAAGAUGAAAUGGAGCAAUAUGAAGACAGCUGGACAACGCUGAGAACAAGUACGGACGGGCUGAAGCUCACCUGUAGUCCGUCUGCUUUUGCACUGCUGGAACAGAAGUAUGCGGAUCUGCACAAACGGUGGGUUGCAGCAAAUCAAGAUCUUACAAGCCGCUUGCAGUCAGCGCAAUUAAUACUGCCACUGUGGGAAACCUACGAUAACCAACACUCAGAGUUUAUCCUAAAACUGCAAGUUAUUGAGGUGAAAUGUUAUCAACUCUUGUGUUCCAAAAUAUGCGAGGACAAAGCUACCGAUACCCUGAGCCAGAGAGUACAAGAUGUGCAGGAAUUGGGACAAACUCUUGAGCGACUCCAAAAACAUUUUGUGCCAAUUUCCAAGCUGGGAGAAAAGGUGAUAUCUCAGGAUCCUGCAAGCUCAGAUAUUAUUGUAUCCGAAAAGCUCCGCUCUUCCCAGAGGAUAGCGCACUUAAAAAGGAACGUUUGUUUGAAAGCUUCAGAACUGAAGUCAACUAUGAAUCAAGUCGAAGCUUUUAAGACUGAUCUAGAAAAGCUGCAAACUCACAUCAAGUCAUCAGCUGGGGUCGUGGAGCAGCUGCGACUUACAGAGAAGGAAGAAAUCCAAAAACCAGACGUCAUGAAGCAGCACCUGUUGAAGCUGAGUGAACUGUCCCCUGACAUUGAACGCUUGAAUGAGGAAAGCUUUACCUUGCCGCUUGAUGACCACACACUCAUGACGCUACAAGACGUAAAUCGUGCAUGGGCUAAAACAGCAGCAACUGUUCUGGAGGAAUGCAAAGAUCAUCAAAUGGAGCAACUGGAAAGAAAUAACUUUAUUCACAACUACAAAACCUGGGUGCAAACUCUAGAAAAAAUGGAGAGCAGCGUGACGUCGGGAAUCGCUGGGACAUUAAACGCUCUGAAGGAUCAGCAGCAGAUGUAUGAGAGGCUUCAAGCAGAAAUAUCUAUAAAUGAGCACAUUUUACCAUCUUUUGUAACAAAAGCGCUCUCACUCUUAGAGACUGGACAGGAAGAAAACAGAAAAGAGUUUGUUUUAAAGCUCACUGCCUUAAAAGAGAAAUGGCAAAGUGUGAUCUGGCUGGUUCAGCAGAGAAAGCGAGAAGUAAACAGUGUCUUGAAACAGUGGCGAUAUUUCACGCUAGCGAAGGAACAGCUGGGUAAAGAGCUGGAGGGUCUACACACAACUGUGAUUGGCAUAAACAGUGACAAAUGCCGCAGCCUUUCCCAGACUAGAAAGCUCCUGUACGAUUGCAAGGACAAGGACCUGCUCUUCAAGAGGUGGCAAACCAGUUACUGCGCCGUGGUGGGUACCUGCCAGGACCUGCUGGGUAUUGCUGAUGUCAACACUAAGAGUAUUCUGCAAAGAGAUGUGACGCGGCUGCAGGAGCUGUGGGAUAAAGUGCAGCUGCAGUUACAAGCUGGCAGUACACAGAUAACCUCUACCGUUCAGGAAUGGCGCAGCUUUGAGCUGAAGGUUGAAGAUCUGCGGACGAGUCUUCAUGAGCUCAAAGUCAGAAUUGACGAUCCGCUUCCAAAAGUGCAUGAGGAACUACAGAGAACCAAAGAUAACACAAAGGAACUGGAAGAAUCGCUGGAUGAAUGGAGUGAGAGUCUGAAAGAGCUUGACAACAUGAAGGCGGAUUUGUCCCAGUACAUUAUUGCAGAAGAUGGGCUGGUUCUGAAGAAACAAGUGGAGGUUCUGCACAGACAGUGGGAAGAGUUGUGUCUGAGGGUGUCUAUUCGGAAGCAAGAAAUUGAGGACAGACUCAACGCCUGGAAUGUGUUUAAUGAGAAGAAUAAGGAGCUGUGUGAAUGGCUGACGCAGAUGGAAAGCAAAGUGCUGCAAACAGCAGAUGUUAACAUUGAAGAAAUGAUCGAGAAACUACAGAAGGACUGUAUGGAAGAAAUCAACCUCUUCAGUGAAAAUAAAGUUCACUUAAAACAAAUUGGGGACCAGCUUAUCAUCGCCAGUAACAAAGCGAGAUCCACAGACAUAGACAACAAGCUCAAUAAAAUCAAUGACCGCUGGCAGCACCUCUUUGAUGUCAUCGGCUCACGGGUGAAGAAAUUGAAGGAGACGCUGGUAACUAUCCAGCAACUGGACAAGAAUAUGAGUAACCUGCGUACCUGGCUGGUGCGGAUCGAGUCAGAGUUGUCUAAACCUGUGAUUUAUAGCAUCUGUGAUGAUCAGGAAAUACAGAGAAAGCUGGCAGAGCAACAGGAUUUGCAGAAGGACAUAGAGUCUCACAGUGCGGGUGUUGCAUCUGUGUUAAGUGUUUGUGAGCGUCUACUCCACGACACUGAUGCGUGCGCUAACGAAACAGAAUGUGAUUCCAUACAGCAGACAACGCGGAGUCUGGACAAGCGAUGGAGAAAUAUCUGCAAUAUGUCCAUGGAGCGGCGCAUGAGGAUUGAAGAAACGUGGCGCCUGUGGCAGAAGUUCCUGGAAGACUAUUCACGAUUUGAAGAAUGGCUCGAUUCUGCCGAAAAGACUGCUGCUUCCCCUAAAUCCUCGGAGGUGUUGUACACGUGCGCCAAAGAGGAACAAAAGAAAUUUGAGGCUUUCCAGAGGCAAAUUCACGAACGCUUGACUCAGCUGGAGCUGAUUAAUAAGCAGUAUCGGCGACUGGCGCGUGAGAAUCGUACAGAUGCCGCCAGCCGACUGAAGCAGAUGGUUCAUGAGGGUAACCAGCGCUGGGACCAGCUACAGAGGAGAGUCACUGCCAUUCUGCGCAGACUAAAGCACUUUACAAGCCAAAGGGAAGAGUUUGAGAACACCAGGGACAGCAUCAUUGUGUGGCUCACAGAGAUGGACUUGCAACUCACCAAUGUGGAGCACUUCUCCGAGAGCGAUAUUGAGGACAAGAAGCAACAGUUACUGGGUUUCAAGCAUCAGAUUACUCUGAACACCAACAAGAUAGACAAACUCAUUGAGUUUGGAGAACAUCUGAUUCAGAAAAGCGAAUCUAUGGACGCGGCGAUUAUUGAGGAUGAGAUUGAAGAGUUGCAUAGAUAUUGUCAAGAAGUUUUUGGUCGUGUGUCUCGGUUCCACCAAAGAUUAACUUCUAAGGAGCUGCACAUUGAAGAUGAAAGAGAAACCUCAGAAAAUGAUACAGAUGCGGAAGAUUCUAGAGAGCUGCAGAAUACGUCAUGGCACUCCACAGACCACGAGACGACCAUAUCUCUCCCGUCACUGUGUCAUCUGAUGCCGCCACCUCUUGCUCACGAUAGAUCUGGUCGGGAAACUCCGGUCAGUGUGGACUCAAUCCCCCUGGAAUGGGAUCAUACUGUAGACGUUGGCGGUUCCUCCUCUCAUGAGGACGAAGAGGAAGGGACCUAUUACAGUGCUUUAUCAGAUGUAGAAAUUCCAGAAAAUCCUGAGGCAUAUCUCAUAAUGACCACAAAAACUGUGCAAGCGUCUGCUGGGAAAUCCGAGGCUGGUUCUUGGCAUUCUCCUGACAAGCAGAGGACGCUACGAAAACGUCAGAUUAAACCGGAAGAAAUUAUGCACAGUCUGCUGGCAGGAACCAAAGGAAGUGACGCAACGUACGAUCGCUCCUCUCCUGUGCCAACACGGUCAUCUGUUGUCGCUGGUGACCAGGAGUCCGAUACAACACAGAUCGAUGAGCAGGGUCUUGUAGGCAUCUCCAGCCCUGGAACUCAGUCAGGGGUGAUUGAGAGAUGGGAGAUUAUUCAGGCUCAGAACUUGAGCAACGACCUGCGAGUGAAGCAGAAUCAACAGCGCUGGCAGCAGCUAAACAGCGACUUGGAUAAUAUCACGUUGUGGCUGGAGAAAACUGAAUCUGAGCUGAAUGAUGCUCAGAAACUGACGAGGGCCACCACCAUAUGGGCCCUAGAGAGUAAAGUAAAGAGGCUUAAGGAUAUGUUAAAGGAUUUUGAUCAUUACAAAGCUCUCGUGAUCUCUGCAAACCUGAGCAGCAAAGAGUUCCAGCAAGAGGAAGACACAGAAUCCAGAGAGGCACUAACCAGACUCCAGGAGGUGAAUACUCGCUGGGACAGGGUGUGUAACCAGCGGGACAAAUGGAGGGAGACGUUACAGCAGGAACUGAUAGAGAAUGAGGAAUUCCAUGACAUGAGUCACCACUUAUUAUUGUGGCUGACUCAAGCUGAAAACCAGAGACUGCGAGUUCGAGUGACGGACAGCAGCGCGGAUCCCGACGUGCUGCGCGAGAGUCAGAAGCAACUGAGGCAACUCGAGGAGGAGCUGCUGGGAAAACAAGUCCAGGUAAAUUCCCUGCAAGACAUCUCCAGCCACUUGCUAAUUAAAACCUCAGGUGAUCGUUACAUUGAAGCGGAGGAGAAACUUCACGUUAUCGGGAGGAAAACGAAGCAGCUUCUGAGCGACGUUUCCAGGGACCUAAAGUCUGUGCAGCGAGCCCUGGAUAACGCGGCUUCUCAUGAAGUUGAUGCUCGGAGCUCAGUGCCAUUGGGCAGUAAGUCUGAUGCUCACACAGCAGCAAAUGGAGCUGAAAGAACAACGGAUGAAUCUCAGUCAGUCCAGCACGUCACCCAGCGGCGGUCGUUCUUAUAUCGCGUGCUUAGGGCGGCACUGCCUCUUCAGCUGCUGCUUCUCCUGCUGUUGCUAGUGGCGUGCAUGAUACCCUUCUCAGAGGAAGACUACAGCUGUGCACAAGCAAAUAACUUUGCCAGAUCGUUUUAUCCAAUGCUUAGAUAUACUAAUGGCCCCCCACCGACAUAACCGAGAGGACUGAGAACAAACAGGGACAUUCCAUUACCAAAAAAAAAUAUGUAUUUUGUUUAAAGUCCUGUGGUUUAAGUGCCCGCUGGGCAUGGAGCCCUAUUGCGCAUGCACAUAGCAACUUUAUAUAUACCUGGUGUUGGCCCAGAAACAUAGCCAUGCAUUACAUACUUAGCAAUAAUGUGGUGUUUUUUUAUUAAAUCCUUUUUAUUUGUUUUAUGUGAUUUUUCUGUAGACAGAUUAUUGUAUUGUGUGGAAGUGGCCCCAGUGCAUUUUUUUAUUUAUGUGCAAAUGUAAUAUGUUAAUUACUAUGUAAAUUAGCACAAUUGUCACUGAAUACAGACGUAUCUAUAUUCUACAAUUAGAUUAUGUACAGUAUCAUUUUGUUUUUUUAUAUCUGAGAUCAGGGUUAAUAUCAGUGUUGUACAGUUUUUUUUUCGUUUUUUUAAAUUAGUAUGUUUUUAUAAACCAUUUUAAAAUGGAUCAAAGAAAAUUACUCAAUGACUGUCACAAAUGAUUCAAAUUGUAUAAUGAUGCACAAAGUGACUCUCUGUAAAGUACUGUGUGGUGUAUACGCUGUAUACUUUCCAUCAUUCAGAAGAAGAUAAAACAGUGAAAGAGUUAAUUGUACUAUUACUUUGUUUUAUGUUCCUUACUAAACCAAUAUGAACAGAAGUGUUAUAUAUUCGGUUUGUAGCAUUGUGAGAGUAGGUGUUUACAAGCAGAGGAUCUAGAGGUGGGAGGUGCUAAGCACACAGAAAAAACACCGGAACAUCUGAUAUGUUGUAUUAUUGUGAGUAUACAGUCAUGUGCUUAAGAAUUUUAUAUUGUAAGAGCCAACAAUCAUUUUAUUGUCAUUUCUGAUGACUGGAACAUAAACCAGCAAUAGUUGUAUCUCUGAACUGAUAAAUAUAGGCGCACACAAGAAAUAUAAAGUUAUUAUGGGUAACUCUUUCAUUAAGUUGCUGUUUUAAUCCAUCAGUCUGUGCACCUUAAAUGUUUUUCAGGAUAUUUAACCUUGUUUCAAUAAAUUCACUGUGCCCUUUGUAA